CAUCCUAACCUGCUCACAGCGGUAAGAAAACGUUUAACAAGUUCUCUUUGGGUAUCCAUCUGGUAUUAUUAUUCUAGGCCUUCUUUUCCUAAUCCAAGAUAAAUGCACACCCGCGAUCUUACAAGUAUUAUAAACCCGCUCUUGGUGAAUUUACCACUAGUUAUUCAUCGAACUACUACUAUAUUCUGAGAUGGUGGCAAUAGGCCGGGCUUAAACAAGGGAAUAAAUAGGCGAAAGUUUAACUGGCACCAUGUCAUAUCACACCACCGAGCCAUCCAGGCGAGUUAGGAGAUUCUUACCUGAACCCAUUGAAACCACUACACGCAAAUCCAAGACACAGCAGCCAGUAUCAUACGUGGGGAGGAAGUUCCUACACGAACGAGAGGACCUUAGCACUGCAGAGGGAGGCAAAGAAGACACAGAGUCUCAUCACUCAAACCGCCCUGCGGCACCCGACAAACCUCUGAUACAUAUAAAGCUACCGGGCAGCACUGCACCAGAUGUCCACAAACAUGCAACAGAAUCGCUAGGAUUGCUGCGACAAAGCUGUCUAAGUGGUAAACAGAAUGAGCCGUUCUCUAACACAGACAAUCCACAAUUCCGUCCGAGAAAAUUUGUGCCUCAGCUAAUGGAAACGGCCAGCCGCUCAUUUCGCCGCGACUCGAGCCCAUAUGCACCUCACGAUACAUACCGAUUGGGACUUGAAACUGAGAAUUUAAGACAUAGAAGCACUAUCAGCAAUACACCGGUACAUGCUGAAGGUCAUUUGGCGCAUGAGUCUCGAUUCUCAUACGCCAGGCUUCGGCAGCGUCAGGAGACAAGACGGCAUUCUUUUAGAGUUCCUGAUCUCCCCGUGAUCCCUUCUAGUGGUAGUGAAGCAUCUGACGUGUCGGAUUUAUCCUUGCCCGUGUCGCCAUCUGCUUCCUCCCGACAAUCAGUGAUACGGCCGAGAGUGGAAGAAGAUCGCAGGGAAAGUUGCGACGAGCUUUUCUCAAGUUAUUUACUGUCUCUAGCUGCCCGCUCGGCGGAAAGGCAGCUAAAAGAGCAAGCCCUAGCAGCUUUCCCUAAUGAACAGGUAUAUCAGCCGGUGGAUCACUUCGCCAUUGAUAGAGAAGAGGAUUGUUCCAGCCAAGGAGAGCCAGCGAUACCUGAAGCAGAUGAUGUUCUAACAAGGUAUCGACGUGCAUCAUCUGCGGACUUGUCGUGGGAGCUUGAGUAUAUGCGGCAGCAUAAAGAGGAGGCAGAAAUGCGAGACCGUGCCAUGGCUGGCACACAGGGUUUGCACCUUUCGUCUGUUGCUCCUUUAAAAAUAAUGACCUGCGGGAAACCAGAGAACCAUAUAAACCCUGAUAAAAGUCGGGAAAGAGACCGCAACUUAGGCCAACAAAAACAUGUCAAGAGCCCGCCGAUGUUAGGUGAUGACCUUACUUUCCCCCAAAGCAUGUCACCCGAGACAACUUUCUGUGAGAACGGUCAUUUCGCUGAGUGCAAUGACGGCAUUCACGACUUUCCCAGCCUUUGGCAUGCGGCUCCUCACUACAAUGAUCACUGUGGUAGGGAAGGUCUAUGGAUGGGAACAUGCAAACGUGACAAGCAUUGCCUAACCCCCCAAGACCAUCUUUCCUGCAGUACUUUAACUUCUGUUUCUCAAGUGCAAGGAAAGGGCUGGGCGCGGCUGAACGGAAUGUUAAAAUUUGAAGACAAAGCUCAUUCCAAGCCCCGAAAGAAGCUAGAACUACCUGAUGAAAAGGAGCAGGGCAGCUCUGAUGGUGAUACGGAACCCCAAUUUCAGGAUGGGUUCGUCACUCAGAUUUAUAACUACUUGUCCCUAGGUUAUCCUUGUGUUGCUCGUUAUUAUGACCAUGAGCUGAGCAGAGUGUCUGGUAUUCCCGUACCAGAACUCAGGCGAGAUGAUAUGAACACAGAUGCCAAGGGUUACGUUAACGUCGUCGAAAACGCUGAGACAGAAACUUCCGUUAGCGAUGUUUGCAUGCGUUGGCUGGCUCUUCGCUCGUACAUACGUGAAUGGGCUAGGCUGCAGCCUAUUACGGUUGAAGACAACAGCAGUCAUGGGACCUGGGGUGUACGCGAGAGACGAGGUAGUUGGGCGGGGUGAGACGGUUGUUGGAAAGGCAUACACUAGGGAGGGAAGGGGUUCAAUCAACAAAUUGGCCUUUUGGGAAUGGUAUCCUUGCACUUAUAUUGUCUCCUCUAAUGCCUCCAAUAUUCAUCUAAGCCGACGGUGAGCCCUAAAUUUGACUGUAGAACACAAGAACUUCAAGCUACAACGUGCCCACGAGGGAAAAAAAGUUAACACUAAUCUCUGAUCUACUAAAUUGCCACAAAUGGCGAACGAACGGCCAGUGAUUUUUGGGUGCGGCAACUAUUGCCUGUCAUGAAACACAGCAUAACCUAUAGGACCGCGGCCUAGGUAAAAUAGAGUACUAUGCAUGGCACCGCCCUGUAUUAACCUCAUGGUAGACUAGGGCAAUUGUUGACAUCAUUACCCCCGUCAUUCGUAUCCUUGUCAUCUUCGGCCAAUGCUCGAGUCAGCAUACUACCCCGCU